AGUUCGCAUGCUGCAGCGACUUCCGACGACACAAUUAUAUCAACAUUGACAGUAUGAGCAGAGUCGUGUGUGUUUGCUGUUGAACAGUGGAGAUAACCAUGGAGGUACUCGGAGGAGAGUUUAGUGACAUGACUCCUCAGGAGCUGGCGGCUCCUGUCAACACUAUAGCGGAAAAAUGGAAACUGUUACCGGCCUUUCUAAAGGUGAAAGGGCUGGUGAAGCAGCACAUCGACUCCUUUAACUAUUUUAUCAAUGUUGAGAUAAAGAAAAUAAUGAACGCAAACGAGAAGAUCACAAGUGAUGCUGAUCCAAUGUGGUACCUCAAAUACCUCAAUAUCUACGUUGGCAUGCCUGAUGUUGAAGAAAGCUUCAACGUAACCAGACCAGUAUCUCCUCAUGAAUGUCGUCUCAGAGACAUGACCUAUUCAGCUCCCAUCACAGUGGACAUAGAGUACACUCGUGGCAGUCAGAGAAUCAUCCGCAAUGCACUGCCCAUUGGAAGGAUGCCAAUCAUGCUGCGAAGCUCGAACUGUGUUCUCACAGGAAAGACGCACAUCGAGGUUUCUAAACUCAAUGAAUGUCCUCUGGAUCCAGGGGGUUAUUUCAUUGUAAAAGGUCAGGAGAAAGUCAUUCUGAUCCAGGAACAGCUGUCUAAGAACCGAAUCAUUGUGGAGCAGGACAGGAAGGGGGCAGUUGGAGCCUCCGUUACCAGCUCUACUCAUGAGAAGAAGAGCAGAACUAAUAUGAUCGUCAAACAAGGCCGAUUCUACCUGAGACACAACACGCUGUCGGAGGACGCCCCCAUUGCCAUCAUUUUCAAGGGUAUGGGCGUAGAGAGUGACCAGGAGAUAGUGCAGAUGAUCGGUACGGAGGAGCACGUCAUGGCCAGCUUUGCCCCGAGCCUGGAGGAGUGUCAGAAGGCCCAGAUCUUCACACAGACUCAGGCUCUCCGGUACCUCGGGAAUAAAGUGCGGAGACAGCGCAUGUGGGGAGGCCCCAAGAAGACCAAGAUGGAGGAGGCCAGAGAGCUUUUGGCGUCUCUUAUCCUCACACAUGUGCCCGUCAAAGAGUUUAACUUUCGGGCAAAGUGUAUUUACCUGGCUGUGAUGGUUCGGAGGGUGAUCCUGGCUCAAGGGGGCAACAAGGUGGACGACAGAGAUUACUAUGGCAACAAACGUCUGGAGUUGGCUGGACAGCUGCUGUCUCUACUGUUUGAGGAUCUGUUUAAGAAGUUCAACUCUGAGCUGAAGAAAAUCGCUGACCAGAUCAUCCCCAAGCAGAGAGCCGCUCAGUUUGAUGUGGUGAAGCACAUGCGGCAGGAUCAGAUCACCAACGGCAUGGUCAACGCCAUAUCCACUGGCAACUGGUCUCUGAAGAGAUUCAAGAUGGACCGCCAGGGUGUCACCCAGGUCUUGUCUCGUCUCUCUUUUAUUUCGGCUCUCGGCAUGAUGACGAGGAUCUCCUCCCAGUUUGAGAAGACCAGGAAGGUCAGCGGGCCGCGCUCCCUGCAGCCGUCGCAGUGGGGCAUGUUGUGUCCGUCUGACACGCCCGAGGGAGAGGCCUGUGGUCUGGUGAAGAACUUGGCUCUGAUGACCCACAUCACCACCGACAUGGAGGACGGUCCGAUCAUCAAACUGGCCUUCAAUCUGGGAGUAGAAGACGUCAACCUGCUGUGCGGAGAGGAGCUCUCCUACCCGAGCGUCUUCCUCGUCUUCCUCAAUGGUAACAUUCUCGGUGUGAUUCGAGAUCAUCACAAGCUGAUCAACACCUUCAGACUGAUGCGCAGGGCGGGUUUUAUCAACGAGUUUGUGUCAAUCUCCACCAACUUGACCGACCGCUGCGUCUACAUCUCUUCUGACGGAGGACGUCUCUGCAGGCCGUACAUCAUCGUGAAGAGGGGACAGCCCAUGGUGAAAAACAAACACAUUGAAGACAUGUCACAGGGCUACAGAGCCUUUGAAGACUUUCUGCACGAGGGCCUGGUUGAGUACCUGGAUGUCAAUGAGGAGAAUGACUGUCACAUCGCCCUUUAUGAACACAUGAUUAGCAAGUUCACGACGCACUUGGAGAUCGAGCCCUUCACGUUGCUCGGGGUGUGCGCCGGCCUCAUCCCCUACCCGCACCACAACCAGUCACCCAGGAACACAUACCAGUGUGCUAUGGGCAAGCAGGCCAUGGGUACUAUUGGCUACAACCAGAGGAACCGUAUCGACACUCUGAUGUACCUGCUGGCGUACCCUCAGAAACCCAUGGUCAAAACAAGAACCAUCGAACUGAUUGACUUUGAGAAGCUGCCUGCUGGUCAGAACGCCACUGUGGCCGUGAUGAGCUACAGCGGCUACGACAUUGAGGACGCUCUGAUCCUCAACAAAGCCUCGCUUGACAGAGGAUUUGGCCGGUGCCUCGUCUAUAAAAACGCUAAGUGCACGCUGCGGCGUUACACCAACCAGACCUUUGACAAGGUGAUGGGGCCCAUGCUGGAUGCUACCACACGAAAGCCAAUCUGGAAGCACAGCAUCCUGGAUGCUGACGGCAUCUGCUCCCCCGGUGAGAAAGUGGAGAACAAGCAGGUGUUGGUGAACAAGUCCAUGCCAACUGUCACCCAGACACCACUGGAGGGCAGUACCCAGCCAGGCCAGCCCCAGUACAGAGACGUGCCCAUCAGCUACAAGGGCACAACAGACUCGUACGUCGAGAAGGUCAUGAUUUCAUCCAACGCUGAAGAUGCUUUCCUCAUCAAGAUCCUCCUCAGGCAGACCAGGAGGCCAGAGAUAGGAGACAAAUUCUCCAGUCGACACGGACAAAAAGGUGUUUGUGGCCUCAUCGUUCCACAGGAGGACAUGCCGUUCUGUGACACGGGCAUCUGUCCAGAUAUUAUCAUGAACCCUCACGGCUAUCCCUCCAGAAUGACGGUGGGAAAGUUGAUUGAGCUGCUGGCUGGGAAAGCCGGAGUCCUGGAUGGACGCUUUCACUACGGCACGGCGUUCGGAGGCAGCAAGGUGAAGGAUGUGUGCGAGGAUCUCAUCCGCUAUGGAUACAGCUACCAGGGCAAAGACUACGUCACCUCGGGAAUCACUGGGGAACCUCUGGAGGCUUAUAUCUACUUUGGACCGGUUUAUUAUCAGAAACUCAAGCACAUGGUACUUGACAAAAUGCAUGCCAGAGCCCGAGGCCCCAGAGCCGUUCUCACCAGGCAGCCUACGGAGGGCCGCUCCAGAGACGGAGGUCUGCGUCUGGGCGAGAUGGAACGUGACUGUCUGAUCGGCUACGGAGCGAGUAUGUUGCUGCUGGAGCGCCUCAUGAUCUCCAGUGACGCCUUUGAGGUGGACGUGUGCGGGCAAUGCGGCUUGCUGGGAUACUCCGGGUGGUGUCACUACUGCAAGUCUUCCUGCCACGUUUCCUCCCUGCGUAUCCCGUACGCCUGCAAGCUGCUGUUCCAGGAGCUGCAGUCCAUGAACAUCAUCCCCCGACUCAAACUGUCACGCUACAACGACUGACCAGGACGGGGACAGAAACACAUGUCUGUGCACCCACUGGCUUUCAAAUCAGAGAACUGAAACUUUCUUGAGCUACAGGCUGCAAAGAGGUUGUCUUGUGAUGCCCCGCUUCUAAUCCAGCCGCAGAUCUUCGUCACAUGUGACUUCCUGUCUGCUUCUCUUCUUUACUCUAUCUAAUGCAAAAUGCCAAAAAAAGUAAUCCCUGAAAACAAAAGAAAUCACUGUUGGGUGGUGAAGCAGCUGAAGGCACAAACUCAAAGUAAACGUUUUUGGGGUCAUAGCAGCACAUGAACAGCAUGUUCAUGUGAUAAAACUGUUAUUUUGUUAAAAAUCCUCCUCGUCAAUUCUGUUCGGCUGUCACAUGUUGCCGUUUUAUAUCACAUGUUGGGUGAAUGUGGAGAAGAUCCCGACAGGAGCAACCGUAUCAAUGUCAACAGUGUGAAAACACAAAUAAUUGUAUUUUGUUUUUGUCAACAUAGAAAAUAUAAAUUGACCUCACUGAAUAUUUAAAAAUCUGAUGAUGGUGAGAAAACACACCUACAUGUUCUGGAUCAUAAAGAGAUGCACAAAUACACUAAAACGCACAACUUAUGGCUGAAGUUUAUCAUAGUUAUGAAAUAACAAAUGUAAAUAUAUGUUCUGAUAUUGAUUGAUGCAUGUAAUGAUUUAGCCAGCAAUUGGAAGUAAUGUGUUCCACUAUAAUGCACGACAUAAGAAAACAAAAAUUUGAGUACCAAAUUUUUUCUACUAGCGAUUACUUUCAUUGACAUUUAAUCUGUUGAUUAUUUUCUGGAUUUAUUGAUUCGUCAUUAGGUUUGAUAGGUGGCCGUCUGUUUCACAAAGCACAAGACAAUUUAAUCAAAUGUCUUAUGUUGGCUGACCACAAGUCCUAAACUAAAGAUAUUGCUGUAGAGGAACGAACACAACGGAAACAUUUGAGAUGCUCAAACCUUUAAAAAUCGACUCAAAGCGAUCGUCAAAGUUGUUGCCAAAUAAUUGUCUAAUGGAUUAAUCAUUGCAGCACUUUGUUUAUCUUGUGAUAACAUCAUCAUGAUAUGAUUCUCCUGAAUAUCAAUGAGCAAUAUACUGAAUUAUCAGCCAGCUCAUAUUUACUACUCAGGUAAAAUGUUUCCAUGUAUUUGCUUCCUGAUUAAGUCCAUUAGAAACUAAUCAGAUGCUCGUUAAACCAUCAGAAGACGUUUUGUUUGUAUUUACAACCUGAGAUUGUUUUAGUUUCACUGAAGAUAGUUAAGGACAACUCUCGUGUAUAUUCCAUGUGAUGAGCAGACGGCUGGGUGUUCGGUGAGGACAAAUGGAAAUAUGCAGAACGACAGUCAUUUAUUUAAAGAGGAAGAGUCGUACGGUUUCCUCUUUUAAACUGAAGCCCCAACGCCACCAACAUGUAGUACGUAGCGUAACCAUACCCCCCACUCUCACAUACACACACACACAACUCAAUUGGGGCCUUUUCACUGAACAAAAGCAGUACACAUCCGUUUGUGUGGGCAGACUCUGAGAAUAGGAAGGGUGGAAGAGGCUCUUUUGGUGGCUGCACCUGUCCUAUUUUAUGAGGCUCUAAUAAGCAGAUAACAGGAUGAAAAAAAAAAAAAAAAAAAGGGAUGUCGUCCACUGAGGGAGAUACAGACUCCACCCUCUCCUUAUUUGACUGAAAUUAAUUAGAUCCUCCUUUGAGGUCACGGCUCUGCAGUAGCCACCAUGCAGGCCUUGAGAUAGUGUGCCAUUAAUGGGUUGUUAAAGUACACGUCUUGUUUAAUCUGAAGCUUUGCAGACAAGUCGACAUGAAUAAAAUGUUAUGAUGAUGCUGUUUUUGCUUCUUUUUUUUUUUUUUUAUAUUUCCAACUUCCUUUUAACCUUUCAUUCAUAUCCAGCAGCUUCUUUCUUCCCACAUGAGUGUGAAUGGAUGCACAGAUCUGCUCCGACAAAGUAUGGCCCUGUGCACCGUGUCCCAUGUGAUGUUGCUGCCCCCCUGUCCCACACGUGCUCCCAGGUAUCUGCACGGUGUCCGUUGGUGAGUAGCAGCAGUGGGGCCCCACGCCUGCGCACUGGUGGAGAAAGUCCUCCUUUGCUAUCCAUGGUGUGGGGAGUAAUUCAGCCAUAAUCCGCCUUUCUCCUCUCCCCUCUUCUUUCCCCUCUCCUCUCCCCCUCUCCUGUGGUUCCAUUCAUAUUCUAAUCACAGCUUUCGCUUCUCCAGCUCUCAGGCACUCCAUCAGAGCCCUCCCAGCCUCGGGCUUUGCACUUUUACUUCCCCCCCUUUGUGACCGUUCCCUCUUCUCAGAGGCACACCAAAAAUAAGGUUGCACACAGCGAAAGAGUGAGCGAAAAACAGGGAGCUUUUCUUAUUCAAAACAGCCCCACAAAAGACUUCCAGUGAGCCUUGCCACAUCCCCAUCUGACUUGGGGCCAUUCAUCAGCCUUCCAAGCCUAUCAAUGACAUGUCCCCAUCAGGGCUCCUAUAAAAUCAGCCCCUUUCCCAUGAAACAUCAGCAAACAUUUUGACG